AUGGGUAUACCAAUGUUCCGCGAGCCAUCCUCCACUGAGGCUCCGAAAAACACCCAUCUCAAAGAUCCGUGUGCCGCUGCCCGCUCUGCCAUCCGUCGUCAGGCCACCAUUCGUCGUCCGUCGCGUUAUACUGGUUCGGCAUUGCGCAGCGCUACUUUGCGGUCUCCUUUCCAUCGUCCUUUCGCCGAGGAGUUUGACCGUGAAGCGAAUGGCCUCCAGCGCCAUGUGCGCUCUCCUAUUCCCACUCCUGGUGCGGGCGAGGACCCCUUCGACCUCACCAACGGCCUGGGAGAUUCCCGCGCUCGCGAGGCUGGUCAACGAUUGCUCCAAGAUGUCCUUCGUCAUAGUCGUCCGGGUCAGCGAAUGAGAAUUCCGCGCCAUCCACCGUUGCCCAGCUUAUACCGCCGUCCGUCACCGGGAGACGACGGUGGUCGCCUGGAACAGGAUCCUCCCUCUCUCACUCCUCGUUUCGCCCCCGCGAUCGCAUACCACAGAACCGCCUCCCCCCAGAGCCAGCCAGAUGUCGUCCGUUUGUCGCCUUUCCCCCGGUCGGAUGGCUUAGGGGAUGUCUCGGUAGGAUCCACCAUCCCUCUACUCCGUCGCGUCGGCCAACGCUCGAUCAACGAGGCGGCGCGUCCGAACCGUGAUUCUCUCGUCGACGGACUGGGUGAUCGCCAGCGGAGCGUGAGCCCGGAUGUCGACGCAGCAAACGAUGCGUGGGAGACGCUUUUGACCACCAUCACCCCGGACACCAAUCUUCCCAGCGCGGACUCCUCUUUCACGUCGGCGUCGGCGACGGGGACGAACGCUUCCAUGAACGGCACCUCCCGAAGCUCCACCACCUCUUUUGGCACCCUUCCCAGCUCGCUUGACUCCGGCUCUGCCACCGUGCAGAUGGUUCUUGAUCCGUACCCGGAAUUUCUCAACCCGUGCGACUAUCCGAGCUCCAGCGAGUCCGAUUAUUCCGAUUCAGACGGCGAGAUCAACCAGCAGUCAUUGUUCCGACGUUAUCGCCGACGUGUGCGCGAAAUGGACGCGAUGAGACGUGCUCACAACGUUCAUUCGACUAUGAGCAACCACCCUCCCAUCCCGACUAUCUCGUUCGCGAUCUCCGAUUCGUCCCCCGAUCCGGAUCUUCAGCAGAUGCAGGUCAUCUUGGAUCGACUCGCGCGCCGCGAGGAGAUUCCCGAUGACCUGUGGGCGGCAGCUGGACUGUCGCGCUCCCUCACCCAGAGAGAUGGGCCCGUCGAGGAUUCCAACCGAUCUAGCGCCGUUGAUGGCCCAUCGGGACGUUCGUAA